AUGACAUUCGGGUACGGAGGAUUUUUCGGCCUCGACGAAGAGGAAUACCGGAAGAAAUUGCGAAAAGCAUCAACAGAAGCCCUAAAGAAGCAGGAGAUUGCAAAAACAAGGAGACAAGUCAGCUGCGGGUUGACGGUUGGGUCUGGCGUGGGUUGGGCCGUAUUCACCUUCGGUGCAAGCCUCGCCUUUUCGGCAAUCGGAGGGCGGAAAUGGCGUGUUGCCAACCGCAAACUCAAGAUGAUCCAAGAGGAGCUGCAGAGACGUCAGGAGAAGCUUCACAAAACUGACUGGAAGGACGUUUGUAUACCUGGCACGGCCUUCCUGGUCGGCAAUGCAGUGGGUGUCGGUCUCGACUUCGGCAUCGAUGGCGUUUAUGGGACAGUAACUCCAACGCCCGCGGACGGUCUCCAGGACAUGAUGUCACAACCCCAGGAAGCCGCGCAGGACUUCUAUGGAGGAGUUAUUUCGGAAACCAAUCAGAUUGUCGUUUCCGAUGGUACUCAUAUCGCAGAUCCCGGCACUGGGUCUACGGCACACAACCUUGGUGCGAACACGGCACAGGACCUGGUAACUGCCGCCGCCAACCUUGCAGUCCAACAAACGACCUGGUGCAUUGCAGAGUAUCUCGAACACCCGGAACAGAACCGUAAAGCAUCGUGA